AUGUUGCGCGCCAGUUUGCACAAGUGCAGCCGGCAGCUCGCAAGCUGUUCGUCGAGAGCAAGCUUCUCUUCCGUGGCUGCCGCACCCUCGAGAACAGCAGGCAUCGCUAGUCGACGACCUCUGGCUCUAUCGCAUUCCCAGCAGAGGAGAAGCUACGCUAUUGCUGCGGAGGAUACCGACAAGGGCGUUGACCCCAACGAUUCCUUCCUCCAGGGAAACACUGCCAACUAUGUCGAUGAAAUGUACAUGCAAUGGAAGCGGGAUCCUACCAGCGUUCACUACUCAUGGCAGGUCUACUUCCGGAAUAUGGAGAGCGGCGACAUGCCCGUUUCUCAAGCCUUCCAACCACCACCGACUAUCGUUCCCGCACCACAUGGAGGAUUAGGUCCUGAUAUCAAGCCUGGCCUAGGUAUGGCUCCCGGCCAGGGUUCAGAUAUCAUGAACCAUUUGAAGGUCCAGUUGCUUGUUCGCGCAUACCAGGCCCGAGGACAUCACAAGGCUAGAAUCGACCCUCUUGGUAUUCGUUCGGAAGCUGAACAGUUCGGGUACAGCAAACCUCGAGAGCUCGAAUUGAGCCAUUAUGCAUUUACCGAGAAAGAUCUGGACCAAGAGUUCACUCUCGGUCCCGGUAUCCUUCCCCGAUUCAAGACGGAAAGCCGUGAGAAGAUGACCUUGCGGGAAAUUAUUGCCGCUUGCGAACGCACAUACUGCGGCUCAUACGGUAUCGAAUACAUCCACAUCCCUGACCGAGAACAAUGCGACUGGCUUCGUGAACGUAUCGAGAUCCCGCAGCCCUACAAGUACUCCGUAGACGAGAAGAGGCGCAUUCUCGACCGUCUCAUUUGGGGAACAAACUUCGAAAGUUUCUUGGCCACAAAGUACCCCAACGACAAGCGAUUUGGUCUUGAGGGUGGCGAGACUCUCAUUCCGGGUAUGAAGGCCUUGAUCGACCGCAGUGUCGAUUAUGGCGUCAAGGAUAUUGUCAUUGGUAUGCCUCAUCGUGGUCGAUUGAACGUCCUCAGCAAUGUCGUCAGGAAACCGAACGAGUCCAUCUUCAGCGAGUUUGCCGGCACUGCGGACCCGUCCGACGAAGGCUCCGGUGAUGUGAAGUAUCAUUUGGGUAUGAACUUCGAGCGCCCGACUCCUUCCGGCAAGCGAGUGCAGCUCUCUUUGGUUGCCAACCCCUCCCAUUUGGAAGCCGAAGAUCCCGUCGUUCUUGGAAAGACUCGUGCUAUCCUCCACUACAACAAGGAUGAGACCGAGGCUCGCUCAGCAAUGGGCGUUCUGCUCCACGGUGACGCCGCUUUCGCUGGUCAGGGUAUUGUCUACGAGACCAUGGGUUUCCACAAUCUUCCAAGCUACCACACUGGAGGAACUAUCCACAUCGUCGUGAACAACCAGAUUGGUUUCACAACCGACCCCCGUUUCUCUCGUUCAACCCCAUACUGCUCCGACAUCGCCAAGGCUAUCGACGCUCCCGUCUUCCACGUCAAUGGUGACGAUGUUGAGGCGCUCAACUUUGUCUGCCAGCUCGCUGCCGACUACCGUGCUGAGUUCAAGAAGGACGUCGUUAUUGACAUGGUGUGCUACCGCAAACAGGGACAUAACGAGACCGACCAGCCCUUCUUCACGCAGCCAAUCAUGUACAAGAAGAUCACGGAUCACCCACCAGCGCUUGACAUCUACGUCAAGAAGUUGCUUGAGGAGAAGACUUUCACUAAGGAGGAUAUCGAUGAGCACAAGUCUUGGGUCUGGGGAAUGCUCGAUGAGAGCUUCAACCGCAGCAAGGACUACACCCCAAGCUCUAAGGAGUGGCUCACAUCUGCCUGGAACGGUUUCAAGUCUCCCAAGGAGCUUGCCACCGAGAUCUUGCCUCACUUGCCUACCGCUGUUGAGGAAUCCCAAUUGAAGCAUAUCGCUGAAGUUAUGGGUGACGCACCCAAAGACUUUACUGUGCACCGCAACCUCAAACGUAUUCUCGCUGGCCGUGCUAAGACCGUCACAGAGGGUAAGAACAUCGAUAUGGCCACUGCUGAGGCUCUCGCCUUUGGCUCCCUCUGCAUGGAAGGCCACCACGUCCGUGUCUCUGGACAGGAUGUUGAGCGAGGAACAUUCUCCCAGCGUCACGCGGUCCUUCACGACCAAGAGACUGAGAAGACCUACACGCCUCUCCAGCAUCUCAGCGAAGACCAGGAAACCUUCACAAUUUCUAACUCAUCUUUGAGCGAAUUCGGAGUUCUCGGUUUUGAGUACGGAUACUCGCUGUCUUCUCCCAACGCCCUCGUCAUCUGGGAGGCACAAUUCGGUGAUUUCGCCAACAACGCCCAAUGUAUCAUUGACCAGUUCGUCGCUUCCGGUGAGACAAAAUGGCUGCAGCGAAGCGGUCUCGUCAUGAGCUUGCCCCACGGAUACGAUGGCCAAGGUCCAGAGCAUUCUUCUGGCCGUAUGGAGCGUUACCUGCAGCUUUGCAACGAAGACCCACGCAUCUUCCCCUCCCCUGACAAGCUUGAACGCCAACACCAGGACUGCAACAUGCAAGUCGCAUACCUCACCUCGCCCUCCAACAUGUUCCACAUUCUCCGUCGCCAGAUGAACAGGCAGUUCAGGAAACCUCUCAUCCUCUUCUUCUCCAAGUCUCUCCUACGUCACCCCAUGGCUCGCUCCAACAUUGAGGAGUUCACCGGUGACUCCCAUUUCCGAUGGGUGAUCCCCGACCCGGCCCACGAGACCAGCGCGAUUGCUUCCCACGACGAGAUCAAGCGUGUCAUCCUCUGCUCUGGCCAGGUCUACACCGCGCUCGUCAAGGAGCGUGAGGCCCGCGAGUUGAAGGAUGUCGCCAUCACUCGCAUUGAGCAGCUGCACCCCUUCCCCUGGCAGCAGCUCAAGGAGAAUCUCGACUCCUACCCCAACGCCGAGAACAUCAUCUGGUGCCAGGAGGAGCCCCUGAACGCCGGUGCCUGGAGCUUCACCCAGCCCCGCAUCGAGACCCUCCUCAACCAGACCGAGCACCACAACCGCAGGCACGUCAUGUACGCUGGACGAUCCCCCAGCGCCAGUGUUGCCACCGGUCUCAAGAGCGCGCACAAGAAGGAGGAGGCGCAAUUGCUUGACGAUGCUUUCACCGUGAAGCAGGACAAGCUCAAGGGCGAGUAG